AAAAGCCAUAUGUUUCCUUGAUAAGACACACUGAACUUUGAACAAUUUCACUUUACGAACAAGAAUACAACGAUGAAGUCAAUAACUUCCAUCGUUCUUGGAUUGUCCCUAUUGGGUCUACUUAGGGCUACACCACUACCAGAGGUACAAGUGGAACUUCUAGAAAGCCCUGUAGACAAUCCAGAAGAAACUGAAGGUUUCUUUGAAGGAGAUAUAGAACUAGAUGGAGAGACUAGAAAUGCAGUUAAUACUCAUUAUUACCGAAGUGCUACAUGGCCUAAUGGUAUUGUUCCAUAUGAAAUUGAUUCACACUACUCAACAGAAGUAAGAAACACAUACUUACAAGCCAUGAAGGAAAUUGAAGAAGAUACAAAAGUACAUGGAAAAACAUGUGUAAAAUUUGUCCCAAAAACAAGUCAGCACCAUGAUUACAUAUACAUUUUACCACAGACUGGAUGUCACUCUCCGGUCGGUCAUCACUCUGGCAGAGGUCUUGUAUCUUUAGGACAUGGGUGUGAAAGACAAGGAACUGCAAUGCACGAAUUUUUACAUGUUCUGGGAUUCUGGCAUGAACAAAACCGAUAUGACAGAGAUAAAUAUGUGACAAUCAAUUUAAGCAAUGUUGUUACAGCUCAACAUAAAGACUUCAAAAUCCACACAACACAUGAUAUGACAACUUUCGGAGAACCCUACGAUUUUGGAUCCAUCAUGCACUACGGACCAUACUCUUUCGCUAUCGACAAAUCCAUACCAACAAUCAUUCCAAAACACUCACCAGGUGCAAUUAUGGGUCAGAGGUUAGCUCUGUCAAGGGAAGAUGUAGACAAAAUACAAAAACUUUACAAUUGUGGUCAAGAUCUUACUCACAUUGCUACUCCAGUAGAGCCAACUCAUCUCGUUGAAUGUGACUUUGAACAUGGUAUUACAAGUGGUAAAUGUAAUCUCGAACAGUUACAUGAUGACCAAUUCGACUGGACAUUGAAGACUGGUCCAUCUGGAGUCAGUGGAUCUGGUCCUUUGGCUGACCAUACUAACGGUGCAGGACACUACCUUUUGGCCGAUGCUCGACUUCACCAUAACAAGAAAACAAGGAUUCAGACUACAACACUACCAUCCGGAGUAAACUGUAUUGAAUUCAGUUAUUUUGUUCAUGGUAGCCAGACGAAAACAUUUUUGAUCCGCGCAGAAGCUCCCAGAAUUCAUCACACAAUUAAGCAAUGGAGUGGAAGCCAGACAAAUGGAUGGAUGACACAAAGAAUCAAUAUGAAUGUACCUUUAUCCUGGAAGCUUGUGUUUGAGGCUGAUAUUGGCAGUGGAGAUAGAAGUAUGAUGGCAAUUGACGAUUUAAAGGUUUACCACGGUCAUUGUGUUUAAUAUUAAUUUAAAUAUUUAGAUGUUAAAACUUACAGUUUGUUAUAUAUUGAUAAAACAUAUUUAUAUUAUUUUUUUGGGUCGUUUAUCGAUAAUAUCUGUUCCAUUUUUAGAAGUUUUUUGUAGUAUUAAUGUGUCAUUCAGUUUAUAAUGCUGCAUGGCCUUAAACAGGAAUAUAUAUCAUUAUAUUCAUCUACUGGCUUGUGAGUUAUAGAAGUAUUUAUAUUUGAUCUAGUCAUGCAAUGUAAUGACCAAAAUAGUAAUGCUUCUGGGUGUAUAUAGAUUAGGAAUGCAAAUAGCUACAAAUAGACAGCAAAAGAUAUAUAAAACAGAGAGUUACACAACAGAUAUGAGUUACAAUAGAAUAUCUAAAAAUUAGAGACUGACCGUUAUAAAACACUAAACGAAUACUGAUACAAGGCAUUCAUCAUCUUCCCUUUCAUUUUUCACAAUCGUUUGCCAUACAUGAAUUAUCAUUUGAAUUUAAUAAGUAACACAUGGAUUUUUUUGUCUGGAGUACAAACUAUUCACUCUUUCUCAACAACUCAUUCCAAUAAAAAUCCAUUAUAUAUA